AAAGUAGAAAUUUUUCAAGGUAGAAACAUCAACGACAUCAACGACUUGAAUGUCAAAUCAGUUGACUUUGUUGAUUGUCCUCCUGUCUUUCUUGAGUUUCAUUCACUUGAGUUGCUUGCCUUACUUGAGUUUUCUUGUGUUAUCUGGCUGGAGUUUCUUGUCUGCUUUCUUCAGUUCCUUGUCUUACUCAGUUGCGUUUAAUUCUUGCCUCAGUAACUUGUGUUGCUUGGCUUUGUAGGAGUUCCUUGUAGACAUAUUUUCUCGGACAAUCAAUCAAUCAAUCAAUUCUGUCCACGGGGGAAAGGCGCAACUGAUGUUAACCCUGUGUAAAGCACUAACCCGUGAGAUAAGGCCAGUCCAUGACGGCGGGAAACUCCAUGCCCUACUUUCAGUCUGCGAUAAGCGUGUGGGUUCUUUAACGUCCCCUGCUAGCCAUGUAACAAUGAAGAUGCAGGACAGGACCUACGGUUUACAUAGUCCUUAUCCGAGAGAACUUGGGCGUCUAACCAUUUGCAGAUGUAAUUUACAAAGGCAGCACAUUCUCAUCAGUUAUUUUAAGACCCUGAGUGUUGGUCCGGUCUGGGGCUCGAACCCUCUUGCUUUGGCUCUCUCUUAGAAUUGUCACGCCUUGCCAAAUAUUUUCUUCGCCUUACCUAAGUAUUACUUAUACAAUAAUAAGACGUCAAACAUAGUUGAGUAAAUGAAGGCAUCAAGAAAUCACGCUCAGUUAUCGAGUUUUAUAGAACAUGCGCAGGCUUUAUUGAUGCAUACACACGGCCACCGACAACUGGGGACGAGACGUUUUACAAUUCCGGAAAGGCAAAUUUACUGUAGGCCAUCAAUGACCGCUGAUCUUUAGCAAGGUUUCCUACAAGGAGCCAGAUAGUUGAAACUACUGAACAAAAUGUAACCUUAGUAACCUUCCGUGAUGACAUGGCAAAUAUUAGGCUCGUUGUUGUAUUUAACGAAAAAAUAAAUGAGAACGCAAAACAGUAGGUAGGGAAUUUUGAAGCUUCACGGCCUCUGACGUCAUCAUGAUACCGACAAAGGUCUUACUAAGGAUGGAAUUGUCAAUUAAACAGCAAAGCACAUUGGAUGAGUCAGCUUUGCCGCCCACACUUUCACGGGCAACUGAGCUCUUAUUCAAGGGACAAGAAUAUAUCGGAGAUUUUGGAUAAGGGCGUACGAUAAUAACAUGGAAAUCAAUGGAAAUUGUGCUUUCCCAAAGCGAGUGCUGGUUACGGGUGGUGCCGGCUACCUUGGAUCAACUUUGGUACCCCUGUUGCUCCACAAUGGUCACGACGUCGUGGUUUAUGAUAAGUUCCAGUGGGGAGCAAUACCCCUUCUACCCCAUGCUGCUAAUCCACGCCUGGAGAUUGUCCGUGGAGACAUCCUAGACAAGGACCUCCUGGCUAAACACAUGUUAGACUGCGAUGCUAUCAUUCAUCUUGCUGCCAUUGUUGGCUACCCUGCCUGUGAGAAGUUUCAGGAUAAGGCCGUGGAGGUAAACGUACUGGGUACCAGGAAUAUUGUGGAGAAUAUGUUGCCUGGUCAGCAGCUGGUGUACGCAUCCACUGGUUCGUGCUAUGGAGCUGUUCAGAAUGGCGUCUGUGAUGAAGAAACACACAUCUCGCCGCUUACAUUGUACGGACGAACAAAAGCUGAGGGUGAAAAAAUCGUGCUGGACGCGGGUGGAGUAGCUCUUCGCUUGGCAACGGUGUUCGGUGUGUCCCCCCGGCUCAGGCUUGAUCUCUUGGUAAAUGAUCUCACCGACAAAGCUCUAAGGCUUCGCCAAUUUGAUCUGUAUCAGGGGGAGUUUCGUCGCACUUUCUUGCACGUGAAAGACGCCGCCAGAGCGUUUGUCUUCGCGGUGGAAAACUACAAGAAGAUGGCGGGACAGGCUUUUAACGUGGGUGACGAGAAUAUGAACUUGUCUAAGUCUGAUGUGGCCUGUAUUAUCCAGCGGUGCGUGCCGGAGUGCCAUAUUACAGAAUCUAGUAAUGGAGAAGACAAAGAUAAGAGAGAUUAUCAAGUCUCCUAUAAAAAGGUCAGAUCUCUUGGAUAUCACGCUACUAUAUCAGUUGAGGAAGGGGUCAGAGAACUAAUCAAAUUUUUACCCUGUCUAAGUAACGAAGAAAUAGAAAAAGCCAGGAAUGUCUGAUAAAUUCAAUAGCAAAUUGAAAAUCAAAUUGAAUUGAGAAUGUAUUGCUAGAAGUAAUAUCAAUGCAAGGAAUUUCAAAGAACAAGGAAAAGAUGUCAAAUAACUCCAAACGAAGCUUGUAGUAGUAAGUAGUAUCGUUAUUAGUCCCUGCAUAAAAAUGGUUUUUUAGCAACCAAUUAAUUGUAAUCUUAGUAAAAGAUGUAAAAAUUAUUAAAAAUAAAUAGAUGUAAAAGCUAUUAUAAAAGCUAUUAGAAAUUUAUGUUUACUUGAUAAAGGAAGGAGUAUCUGUCAGUAAAUCUUUCAUGUCUACAGUCAAAACAUUAGAGCACACGGAAGACUUGUUUAUCCGCAACGGGGCUACUACGUUAGACUCAAUUUGGUCGUGAUUAACGAGAUUGAUGUUUAAAUGAGUCUUUUCACUGAAGAAAAUGACUGCAUGUGAGCAUUGUUUUCCAAAGGGACAGUAUGGUCUUUAGGCUGAGUUCUCCUGUUAAAAGGAGAGCGUUGAAUUUGUAUCGAGUUAAGUUCAGUGACAAUUUGACAACAAAUUCUAGUGGAACAGUCGACAGGAAUAUGAAACGGAAGAUUUGGUACUGAUUAUUGCUGCAUAAAGCCAAACAACACCGAAAAAGAAAAAAAAAAAUCAAAAUUCUGUUUUACCGUCGACGUUAGCUUCUGUAAUGUCAUGUCGAUUCAACGUUUGCAGACACAGGAUUUUCUGACAUACAUUGUAUAGUCCUUCCUUUAUGAAGAACACUGAUAGCUAAUCGUAUUAUAUAUUUAACAGAACAUAAAUAUUCCGCUUACAAGAGCUGCUCCAUUCGAUUUCCAGCCGAAACGAACUCUCCCUUCAUAAAAAUGGUGGGCGCGCUGGAAAAUACUUUCUGACGGUAAAGCUCAUUUUUUUUAGUUACAGUGCAACCUCCAUUAAGCGGACGCCCAAUUAAGCGGACACCUGAAAAGUUAAAAAUUAAGUCCGUGCUUGUUAUUGCUCACUGAGGUUCCUGCUCGCGGUAAAUUCAAACUAAAAGUAGAUAGGUCUGUGAAAACGCCAUGGGGUAGUUGCACGCUGCUAGCGAUGAGCUCCUGGCACCCAGGACUGUUAAUGUUACUUGCGAACUCUUGAUUGUUGAGUUGAACAUUUGAGCGAAAACGUCUGUUUCGCUUUUCAUAAGUUUUGACAACUGUAGGAAACAUCGCGAAGGAAGCCAUUAAAGCGCGCGUAAUUGACGUGCGAAUCACAUGGGUAUCCAAUUACAAAAAGUUCAAAUUGGAUACCUGUAAUUGGACACCCACGUGAUCGCGUGCUGAUUACGUGACAAAUGCGCGCGCGGAGAACCAAUCACGAUCGAGGAUUUUGUAAUAGAUACGAUUACUAUCGUUAAAAACGUCUAUUAAGCGGACACCGGACUGAAUUGACAGUGUGGCAUUGGAUUACGUCCUUGAAAUAGUCGAUUAAAUAUACCCUUGUUAAUUGUUAACAAACGCUGCGCAAUUGUUAUAAACCUUUAUUAAGCGGACACCCUCUAUUAGGUAGACACUUGGGAAGGUCCCGAGGGUGCCCGCUUAAUAAGAGGUUUCGCUGUAGUCAAUUGUAUCUCGAUCUCAAUAUUUUCAGAUAUCUAUUUCCUUUUUCACUACCUCCUUAAAAAAGUGUUAGACAAUAACAUUAUUUUAUAUUUAUUAUGAGGUACUUUUACCUUGACUAAAUAAAGUGACCUUUGUUAA